CCUCGGUUAGGCCCAAAUUCUCGUGUGUAUAUAUAUAUAAAUUGAUCUAGGGUUCCCGACUUCCUCAGUUUGCUAAGGAGGCAGAGUUAGUCAUGGCUAGAGGUCGUCCCUUCGUGAUUACGAGUUGUGUACACUGUAUUUUUACAAAAGCUUACCCUCGUCUAUUCCGACCUACAACAAUCAAAGAUAUGCUCUCCAAACAAAAGAGAAUUGCCGCACGACGUAAAGAAGCCUCGUUGCCGAUCCAAUCAGAUAAGAGUCUGAAGGGAACUGAUCAGGAUCAGACUACUCUUGUCUCCGGAAUUGACAUUCAGGAAAAGUUGUCGCCUGAUGUUGUUAGUAGCACCUCGAAGCCUCAGGCGCCAUCAUCAAGAUUGGCUUCACAGUGUGGCAUGAAGAAAAGACUAGGCUCUGAAUCAGUCUCGUUGCCACCUUGUUCUACCCGUAGAAAAUUGGAAAUAAACCAAUCAGAUAAGAGUCUAAAGGGAUCUGAUCAGGUUCAGACCACUCUUGUCUCUGGAAUUGAGGUUCUUAUGGAAUAUAUCAAGAACAAGGAUAACGAGAUUGAGCUCUUGAAAGCCGAUAAUGCUGCUAUAUGGGCUGAGCUGCGACGAAACCAGACUGAGCUCCAGGAAAACAGGACUAUCACCGCUUCAAUAAUCGAGAAGCUGAAGCACCGUUUAGUCAAUUUCUAGUUUUUAUUACGUAUUUUCAAUUUUAAGUCUACUAUGUAUUAUUAUUAACAACCUUUUAACUAA